UUUCCACGGGACUCCCAGGCUUCGCCGCCGAUCUACAAUUUGCUGAAGGAGCAAAGAACAUCCUCGGCUCUAAGUAGGGCUUUUAGUGUGCUCAUUGAUGAGUGAAAGUCGCCACACAUGUCAAGCUAAAGGCAGUUGUUGGGUUACUAACAGGACCCAGCGCCUUGCAAACAUAUGCGCUAAGCUGUGUAUACAGAUGGCAGGCAGAAUAAUGGAGCAGGCGCCUUUUAUAAAGCUCUAGCUGCUGCCUGUCUUCAGACCUGGGAAAUGAAACUAUUCAGACUCGCGGCCAGAUAGCGCCUGCGAUUGUUUGUUACCGUUUUAAUCCUAUUAAUUAAAACGUUAACCUGAUUGGGUAGAAAGCUCUGUCCCAACAGGCGACUCUUCUUCAUAAUAACCUACUCAGAGAUAAUGAUGUAAAAGACUCCCCCGUCUGUGGCGGCGGCUGGUUGAUGGGUCCGGAAAUCUCUUGAAGGUGAAUCCAAGCAAGAUAAACGGUGCGGAGAGAAGGCGCGGGGCUGGGCUCAGAGCGGCGGCGGCGGCGGCGGCGGCUCCACUCCCUCCGCGCCCACCCUCCCACCAUGCGGGGCCGCGGCCCAUGGUGAGCCCCAGCAGGCAGCACCAUCGGCUGGAGACGAAGAAGAAGAAGAAGAGGAGGCGGCGAGCGCGGGGGAAGGCGAAAAAGAAAAAGAAGGGGAGAGGGCUGCCAGCAGCACCGGGACCGACGCGCGCACCAGCCCCAGAGCCCGGCUCGGGCGCGGCUGCGGCGCCGCCCGACUCCCGAGCCCAGGCGGCGGCGGCCGGCGCUGGACCAUGGAGCGCGGGCUGCACCUCGGCGCGGCCGCCGCGGGCGAAGACGACCUCUUCCUGCACAAGAGCCUGAGCGCCUCCGCCGCCAAGCGCUUGGAGGCGGCUUUCCGCUCCCCGCCCCCGAGCAUGGACCUGUCCCUGGCGCCGCCGCCUCGGGAGCGCCCGGCGUCCUCCUCCUCGUCGCCUCUGGGCUGCUUCGAGCCGGCUGACCCCGAAGGGGCAGGGCUGCUGUUGCCGCCGCCCGGGGGAGGCGGCGGCGGCGGCGGCGGCGGCGGCGGGGUGGGCGUCCCCGGGCUGCUCGUGGGCACCGCCGGCGUUGGGGGCGAACCUAGCCUGAGCAGCCUGCCGGCUGGGGCCGCUCUGUGCCUCAAAUACGGCGAGAGCGCCAGCCGGGGCUCGGUGGCCGAGAGCAGCGGCGGCGAGCAGAGCCCCGACGACGACAGCGACGGCCGCUGCGAGCUGGUUCUGCGGGCCGGCGGCGCCGACCCGCGGGCCUCCCCGGGCGCGGGAGGCGGCGGCGUCAAGGCGGCCGAAGGCUGCUCCAACGCCCACCUCCACGGCGGCGCCAGCGCCCCCCCGGGGGGCCCGGCCGGCAGCGGCGGCGGGGGCAGCAGCGGCGGGGGCAGUGGCGGCGGCGGCGGCGGCAGCGGCGGCGGCAGCAGCAGCAAGAAAUCCAAAGAGCAAAAGGCGCUGCGGCUCAACAUCAACGCCCGGGAGCGCCGGCGGAUGCACGACCUGAACGACGCGCUGGACGAGCUGCGCGCGGUGAUCCCCUACGCGCACAGCCCCUCGGUGCGGAAGCUCUCCAAGAUCGCUACGCUGCUGCUCGCCAAGAACUAUAUCCUCAUGCAGGCGCAGGCCCUGGAGGAGAUGCGGCGCCUCGUCGCCUACCUCAACCAGGGCCAGGCCAUCUCGGCCGCCUCCCUGCCCAGCUCCGCGGCGGCGGCGGCGGCGGCCGCUGCCCUGCACCCGGCGCUCGGCGCCUACGAGCAGGCUGCCGGCUACCCGUUCAGCGCCGGGCUGCCCCCGGCCGCCACCUGCCCGGAGAAGUGCGCCCUGUUCAAUAGCGUCUCCUCCAGCCUCUGCAAACAGUGCACGGAGAAGCCUUAAACACCCCCCACCCCCCGAAAAACAUAAGACCGACCCCAAAGCUAGAGGACAGUGAAAAGCUGCUCCCCACCCCCCUUUAUUUGGUCCUCUCGUAGUCGUGAAACAUUUGCAGAGAAAACAAAAGCAGAGGCGAGAACUGCGGAGAGCUAUCAGAGACAAACGGGACUUCUGGCCUCGACAUCCCCAGAAUCUCGGUCUUCGGGGUGGGGAGGGAGGGAGGAGGGAGGUGGAGUUGGGAUAGAGUAUGGAUGUCUUUUUUUCUCGGAAAAGUGGCAACUUUGGUGGCAGCCUAGACCGCGAGGAAGCAGAGUUUUCCUUUAAGGGUAAAAAAUAAGUUGAGAAGUAGGUGUUAUUAAGCGUGGAGAGUAUUACGUGGCAAAAUAGUAAUCCUACUAAUAAUUGUGAAUUUGGCCAGUGCUGAGGGGGAGAGGAGUCGUCCGGGGUUGGGUGGCUUGUGGCACGGAAUAUUCAUUCAGACAAAUCAGAAAGGGCACUUGAAAAUAAAUUUUGAUUCUGAGCCAGGAGAAAAACUUGAAAUGUAGAUUUAUUUAAA